AUGCCAGGACUGCAGGAGCAUUACUCUGCCCUUUUCAUCAUCUUUCUCAUCCUCUUCCUGGCCACAUUCCUGGGUAAUCUGCUCAUCCUGGUGUUAGUGGCCCUCGAUCACCGGCUCCACACACCCAUGUACUUCUUCCUUUGGAACUUGGCUGUUUUAGAUGUACUGAUGUCGACAUCCAUCGUACCCAAGAUGCUUGCAGUGUUUUUACACCAUGACAGAACCAUCUCUUUCACAGGCUGUUUUGUUCAAAUGUACUUUAUAAUCUCACUUGGUGCUACUGAAACAUACCUUGUUGCAGUCAUGGCUUAUGACAGAUAUGUUGCUGUAGUGAAACCGCUGCAUUACAACACCAUCAUGACAAGCAAGGUCUAUAUCACAAUGUCAUCCUCUGUCUGGGUGCUGGGCUUCCUUCUACCUAUAUUGUCAAUAUCACUGGCAAGACAAGUUAAUUUUUCCCUGUUUCUUGUCAUGAUUUCUGUCUAUUUUCCUUUAAUCUUCAUUCUGUUUUCCUACUUCAGAAUUGUGAGGUCAGUGAUAAAAAUGAAAACUGUAGACAGCCGUAAGAAAGCCUUCUCAAUGUGCUCUUCACAUAUGACAGUUGUCUUCCUGUACUAUGUGUCCACUGCUGUGGUGUAUAUUGGACUGAGAGUGGAAAAUAUACCCCCUGAUGGACGCAUCUUCAUUGGUGGGCUGAAUUAUUUCCUCACCCCUUUGGCAGUCCUGGUACGACGUGAGGUGUGGGAGAAGAAGGGAGAGAUUCUUGCUGCGGUGCGCUGGCAGUGGGCUCUCUGA